UAUGUUUGAACGAACAGCGAUGUAUUUCGGGAAUUAUUUGAAUGAUAAUAAUUUGAUGUUUAUCCUGGGCUUCUUUCUAACAUGUGUGGCCACCCGCUGGGAUGUUUUGCUCCGGAACAUUGGCUUCAUCGAAAGCUUGGCGCUCUUCGUAAGUGCAUGUGUGCGAGGUGAAGACGAUGAAUCUCGAAUGUAUCGACGGACGAUUGUUAGGCACGCUUGUCUGGCGCAAUGCCUGGUACUCCGUGAUAUCAGUGUGCGUGUUCGGCGACGUUUUCCCACAAUGGAGAGUUUGAUUGAUGCUGGUUUCCUCACAAAGAAAGAACUGGACAAAUUUAACUCUUACAAAACGUCGUACGAUAAAUUCUGGGUACCAAUUAGUUGGUCACUAACGAAUGUGAUGAAUGCCCGACGAACUGAAAAACAGCUGAAAGAGUUUAAAGCGUGCCUACAAACACUGACAAAUUAUGACUGGGUACCGCUGCCUCUUGUCUAUCCACAGAUGCUAACAAUAUCGGUAUAUCUAUAUUUCGCAGUAUGCCUCUUCGCGCGACAACACUUCUUGUCCGGAGUCAACAGCGAGAAUGUAUUUUGUAUAAUUUAUUACAUUUAUUUCUGCUUUUCAUCCUAUCCAUAAAC